CUCCGGGGCUGUCCCGGCCGGACCCCCGCAGCCCUCCUGCCCCGCCCCGGCCCGAUUAGGCCGGGCUUUGGGGCUAAUUCCCAACACCUGACCGGCUUAGGCUCCUGAGUCCAUUAUCAGCUUAGCAGCAAAGACAUCUGCUGCCUGCCGGCACCGGGGGAGCAGCCUCUGCUCUCCUCUCCCCUGCUCUCCUCUGCUCUGCUCUCCCCUCCAUGGGGCUCUGAGCGGCCCCGGCGCGCACAGGGGCGGCCCCCCGGCCCCAGUUCCAGGGCACGAUGGCUCAGGACAUGACCGAGAAGGAGCUGCUGAAGAUGGAGCUGGACCAGCUGAAGAAGGAGGUGAAGAACGAGAGGCAGAUGGUCUCCAAGACGGCCAAGGAGAUCAAGGAGUACAUCGAGUCCAUGGCGGGCGAGGACCCGCUGCUCAAGGGCGUGCCCGAGGACAAGAACCCCUUCAAGGAGAAGGGCGGCUGCACCAUCAGCUGAGCCCCCCGGACUGUCGGCUCCCCCCAGCCCACAGCCCAACCCCGGCGCAGCAAAAGGGCAGAAAAAGAAGAAGGGAAAAAAAAAAAGAAGCGUGAAAAAAGAAAAAAACAAAAAAAAACCCCAAAGCCCCACCCCCGCUGCCGCAGCUGAGCUUUGGUUUCCCACCAAAAAAACCCAAAAUUUCUGCAUUUUCAGCAGCCUGAGCAGGAGGGGGAUGGGGGAGCACCGAGGGGGCUUUGUCCUUUAUCCCGAAAUGCCAGAGCUGCAUUCCCGGAGUGCCCCCUGUGGAAAAGCCCUGGGAAAUCAGCGGGAGCCAUCCCGCAGCACGGGCUGCGCUCCUGCCGCUCCCUUCGGGGUUUUUGGGAUAAAUUCCAUCCCCUGCUUGAGUAGAAAACCCCGAGGCACAGCCAGCAGUGUCUGCCCUUUUUAAAAAAGCCCUUUUUUGGCUUUUUAAAAAACCCAUUCCUGGGAUUUUUUCGUUUUUUUUUUUCCCAUUUAAUCCCGGGGAAAACUCUCCCCAAACCAGCCCAAGAUCAUCGAUCCCAAACGAGAGGCAGCAAUAAUCUGAAUUUUGGAGUCCCUCGGGGCGCGGUGCCCAGCCCUCUCCCACUCCUCCCCUUCUCCCAGCCCGGUGAAAUCCCAGGAAAUCCCUCUGGAUCCCACACAGAGCGAUUUUCCUGCCCCUGGAUCCCCAGGAAAUCCCUCUGGAUCCCAGGAAAUCCCUCUGGAUCCCACACAGAGCGCUUUUCCUGCCCCUGGAUCCCAGGAAAUCCCUCUGGAUCCCACCCAGAGUGAUUUUCCUGCCCCUGGAUCCCAGGAAAUCCCUCUGGAUCCCACCCAGAGUGAUUUUCCUGCCCCUGGAUCCCCAGGAAAUCCCUCUGGAUCCCAGGAAAUCCCUCUGGAUCCCACCUGAAGCGCUUCUCCUGCCCCUGGAUCCCAGGAAAUCCCUCUGGAUCCCACCCAGAGUGAUUUUCCUGCCCCUGGAUCCCAGGAAAUUUCUCUGGAUCCCACCUGGAGCGCUUCUCCUGCCCCUGGAUCCCAGGAAAUCCCUCUGGAUCCCACCCAGAGUGAUUUUCCUGCCCCUGGAUCCCAAGGAAAUCCCUCUGGAUCCCACCUGGAAUGCUUUUCCUGCCCCUGGAUCCCAAGGAAAUCCCUCUGGAUCCC